UGCUCGUUCAUUUCACAUUACAGCUUAAUGUGUCAAGUUCAUCGCACUUACAUUCCUUUCUACUUAAAAUGGCGUGAUUUUCAAUGCGAAACUCUUUUUGAUAUUUCUGUAAAUGGAGUGAGACAAGGGAACUCAUUCAUGAUAACAUGGCGCCCACAAUUUUACUGAUAUCUCUUGCGUGUUACCUCUGUAUGGCGGUGGUGGGUCAAGACAACGAGCUCAAGAAUAUCAAAAUGCUUUUUGUUCCGACGGAAGUUAUGAAAGCUCUGCAUAAGAACCUCACAGCAAAAGACUUGCCUCCGGGCUUACCCGGCCAGGGCACUCAGCGCUGGACCCCAGUCCAACUCCCCGGUGACAGGACUCAUACAUUCGAAAUUCGCAUCAAUCCCGGCACGGCGCGGAAGUUAAACAUAAACUUUCAGCGUUUUAGAAUUGGUCGAGGCCACGGUCUUCUUCUAGAGUUGAAAAAUGUAUCUCUUUCGACGAAAGGAAAGACCGUGUUGGACAGAUUAGUGGAGUUUUAUAAAAAUUGCGGAGGGGAUAGAGAUCAUCGGCCAGGGACGCAUAUUGUACAUCACUCAUUACCCAUGAUACACCGCCACAAUCCACAUUCGCUCAUAUUGCCCGGUGACAUUCCUUUGUUGAAGCGGAUUCAAAACGCGCUCGAACGUUUUUUUCCAAAGCGCCACGACGGGUCGGUAGACGUUUUCCAGCACAAGGACUCGAGUGGAGCCGUCCAUUUUCUUCCGUUUGAGGAAAUUCGAAGGGAAGUUAACAAUCUUAUAAAGAGGACACUGGUCAAGAGAGACUGCGUUAAGAUCAGCACAAAUGCUUUGACUCGUGCUCUAAGUCAGUUCAGAAGGAAAUAUGAUAACGAUACAACAACAAGACCAAGAUUAGAUGAAGAGAAUGAUGAAGGUAAUAAAACUGACAGUGAAGACAAGCGUGCACAUAAUGACGGUAAAGGUGAAGAGACAGACAAAGUCAAUCAGGAGGGCGGUAAAGGUGAGAAGACAGACGGGAUCAAUCAUAAUGACGGUGAAGGGGAAGAGACAGACGAAGUUCUUUCUUUUUCUCGUGAUCUUGAUUCUCUCAACCCGCAUCCAGUCAACAAAGUCGAUCUUACUUCAUCUUCCGCUAUAAACGUACCAAGCGACGCAGCAGCGACGAAAAUAGUUUCUGCAUUAACAGAUUUACGAAAAGAACUUAAAGAUUUGUCAAGUGGCCUCAUAAGCAAAGUGAGUCAGUCCUUCCCAAACAAUUUUAAAGAAAGCGACAACAAGAGCACUUCAAAUAUUGGAAUAAGUACAGAUAGGAAAACAGGUGGUUCUUAUGGGAAUAUGGGUAAUAAAAUAAAAAGUGAUACUAAUGAAACUACAGACGAGAAAAAUAAAUCCAACCAUGCAAAGUUUGAGACAAGUAAAGUAAAGAACAGACGUAAAAAGAUGAAUAGUGAAGAUGGAGGAAAACAAAACAAAACAAUAAACAGAGUCGAGAACAAAAAUGAAGACAAUGACUAUGCUACUAACGACUUGAACAUUAACAGCAAAAGCAUUGAUAACGGCAGGAGCAAAGAUGAGAAAGAAAUUGCGGUGGUCUUGAGGCUGAAAAAUGAUCUACAAAAGGCUAUGCUUAAUUCCCCCAAGACUAUUUCGAAAAUUGACGGUGAUCCUAGUUCUGUUAUAAAGGGGAACAAUGAACGACCUGUUAAUCAAACUGCUAAUUUUUUACAGCGACUCAAGACUGCAGAGGAAUAUAGAGUGACUGCAAACGUAUCUGCUCAUGCUAAAAUUUCUGAUGAAAAAAAAAAGGUGAAGAAACAAACGAGAACUAAGAGUACAAAGAAUAACGCUAAGAACAAAGGAAAACACAAAGGUCGUCAUAGGGAUAAGAAAACUAAGAAACAAGCUUCAUUUUCGUUUCACUAUAAACCAAAAUCAUCGAGAUUAAAGCUACAUGCUAAGGGUGGAGAUUAUCUGACGGCGCAGGAAGGCAGUGACCAUAAGAACAAGGGAAAGGGACGACUUGUGCAUUUCAUUCACAUGCGAAGACCAAAGAUCAAAGAGGUUAUGUUUCCAGAUGAGGACGAAUCUGAUGCGUACAGACAAAGGAAUUUUAACGACUCUCCCGUAGAAGCAGUAAACGAUGAAGACAGCAUAAAAGGUCGACUGCUAAGAAAGUUACGUUGGCUUCGAAUCCACGGACAUGCACCUGAAGUGCGCAGUCGGAAGAGUCCGAAACUUCGUGUGGUUGUAUACAACGAUGAAGACGAAGAUAGAGAGCCACAUCGGGAACGUUGGCACGAUAGCAACACCGAUGAAUAUGCGGGAAAACUUCACGAAGAUGAGAACGAGACCGACUUAGGACCCGAGUCAGUAUCCGAAUCAGAACACGUGUCUGACACAUCUCAUAGCUCAGCGUCAUUGUUCACGGAUGAGGAUAAUAACGAACAAUUCAGUCAAGGAGAAGCGGGUGUUUCUAAGUCGGACAGUGAGUCUAACAUGCAGUAUCUAUCAGAUAGCAUAGGAGAUGACACCACCCAUAUAGGACAGAGCGACAGCGGGUCCGAUGUGCCUGACUUAGAACCUUAUUUGAAAAAACAUUAUGAUGAUGAAGAAGAUGAAGAAAAUGAGGAAAUAAAAAUGUAUAAUGAACAAGAUGAAAUCGAUACACGAAAGUUGGGAGAUUCGAUGGAAAAACGUAUUAGUAAGACUCCAAAGGACGAUGACAAGAUUUUCGACGAAAAGACGAACAAUUUUGAAGAAAAUAACGAUGAAGAUUCAGGUAAAAUACAUAUCCACAAAAUCCCAUUUAAGAUCCAAGAAGACUCAGACGGAGUGGACACCAAUCUCUUACAAGAGCCUCAACACGAUGCACUUGGACUUCAGCGAGUCGUGGGGCCCGGACCCGAUUUCUCAUCCAUGGCGUCACAGCCGAUCCCUUUUGCGUCCAAUCCGUCUACGACCACUCUAAAUCAGAAUGCCAUGGAUAUGUCUCCAAACAUGGUCGUACCACCCCAACAGUCAAUGAUGAUACCUGCGGCGGGAGAACUGCCCGGAGCGAAUGGGGCAACUACACCUGUGGAGAGGCCCAGCCCCGCGGCAUUCACAGGGCUGAGUUUUCAACCCAGGGUAACAACACAAAUUAACAGUAUGAUGCCGCAAACACCGUUUCCGCAAGUCAGCAGUAUGAUGCCCUUGAAAUCAGCCGCGUCUGAAGAACCUCAAGUGGCUCCAAUAGUUCCCAUCAUGCAACCGGGGCAAAUAAGAGCAGUUAUAUCACGCAGUAAAACUCGGAAUUGAUUAAAGCAACACUCAAAACAUGAUAGCAAGAUCUCGGGUGUUGGUAAAAAACACGGCAAAUUUAGGAGAAAAGAUGCAGUUGACUUGGAAACUAGCCAUAUGGAAGCCUUAAGGCAGAAAUAGUAUAGUUCAAGGACUAGAAUGUAAGCUCUAAGUUACCUUUGAAAAACUAAAGGUAAGCAAAGGGGUGUUGUUCUUAUGACUGUGAUUGUUUACAAGUUUCAUUAUGGCAGCAGUAUUUAUAGCACAUUCUAACUAUUUUAGGUUUGAUUUCUUGUCGUCACAUUUCCUUGAAUUAUGUUUGUAGGAUUAGCAUAUCGUACUGUUUUUUUGAUUUAGUUUUAGUUUGAUAUUACUAUCCAAACCUGUCAUAAUGCAGAUCUGUCAGUAGGCAGCUUUGGGAACUCUGGAUAACAUGUAGCCAUGAGCUUUUUAUAGUUGUGCAGAUUUCGCUGUACUAAAAUCUAACUUGAAACACAUACACAUUUGAAUAGCUAUUUUCAAUGUAUGUCUCUUGCAAUUAAAUUCUAAACUCCGGAUAACGUAUUAGCAUGGUCCGGAUUGGCUUGCUCAAUCCGGUUAUCAACUCAUAAGCUUAGUUUAACCUUAUACAGAGAUGAAUUGUUCCUGGUAUCGCUUAGCAUUUUUCUUUUUGUGUUAACGUUUUUUUUUAACGUUGUACUUGCCUUGCGGUAACGGUGUUAUGUGAUCACUUGCCGUGAUGGCGGGUAGAUGUUCCUUAAGAUGCGUCUCUAAAAUCCGUCAAGUUCAUGGACUGUCGUAAAUUUUCAGAUGUGAGAAAACAUAGAAAGUUCUCAAUACUAUUUGUGAUCAAUUAACUAUAACGUGUUACCUACUUCUACAAGAAAAUUUUAAAGCUUGAAGUGAACUGAAAUUAGUUAGUAUGAUCAAUGUAAGCCAUGAAACGAAUAUCUUUACUGCUUGAAUAAACAAUG